AUGCGAGUUAGAGCCCACGCAUCUCGGGACACGAUACGACUCUCUAUUACUAUUAUUUCCUUCAAUUUUAGGAUGUUUCUGCGGCGUUUUCCACCGGGAUACGAAGAACGAUGA